GGCGGGGAUGGUCGACGCCGCAGCGCAGCCUGAAACCAGCUACACCUGGGCUGCAGACGUGCUUUCGCAUUGUCCUCGGCCCGGUGCUCAACGGCGCUCACACCGCCGCCGCCUCCGCCUCCGCCACCGCCGUGUCGGUUCGCGUCGCCGCGCCUACCUCGUACCGCGCAUGCUCUCCCCGCUUUUCUUGCGUCCUACUACGUCACUGUUUAAAAUUCUAUACAGAUGUAAUUAACGGCCUACGAGCUGGAUAUUAGUCACAGUCAAUAAUCAUCUUUUGAUUAGAGCUGUCACUUCAUCAACCGAGAGUCCGUGCUCUUUAUCCAUACGAACCACCCGGUUAGAGGAGCACUCGAAAGGGAGCGCGGCAGAGCCGGUAUCGAUCUGAGCGUUUCGUGUGGCCGCUCGUGCACGACGUUUCUCGGGAUAUUCGCCUAGCGGUCGCCGUCGGCGCCGGCCUUGUAAACAGUGCAUUACGCGUCGCGUUUACCUAUUCCAUCCGCGCGAUCAUGAACGCCGAAGCUAAUUAAUAUCGCGGUGGACGCAUCUGAAGAGUGCCUAACUCACAUUUGACUUAAUUUUUGAUUGAUCUCUAAAAGCGGACUUAUAAAAGAGAAUAAACAAGAUGGGCUGUUUCGUCAGCAAAGAUAAACUCACCAAGGAAGACAUGGACUUCCUCAAAACGCACACAUCUUACGAUGAAACUACCAUCAAAGAGUGGUACAAAGGUUUUAAGCAAGACUGUCCGAACGGGAGGCUGACACCGGCAAAAUUCGUCGAUAUGUACAAGAUGUUCUUCCCAUCUGGUAAUGCAGUCGAAUUCUGUGAUCAUGUGUUCCGCACAUUCGACAUGGACAAGAACGGCUAUAUAGACUUUAAGGAAUUUCUGCAGGCGAUUCACGUUACAUCGAGUGGCACGCCUGAAGAAAAGCUUAAAUGGGCCUUCCGUAUGUAUGAUGUGGAUGGCAACGGAGUCAUCGACAUUCAGGAGAUGACCAAAAUUGUUCAGGCGAUCUACGAUAUGCUCGGCGCAUGUUCGAGUAACCGCCCCGCCGACUCCGCCGAGGAGCGCGCCAAGAACAUCUUCGCUAAAAUGGACGAAAACAAUGAUGGCCAGCUCACGCAAGACGAGUUCCUCAAAGGUUGUCUCCAGGACGAAGAGCUCUCCAAGAUGCUGGCCCCUUAAGUGGUUCCCGGCUUAUACAGCCCGCGGUCCGGUCUCACCACCCACCCCUUCACUAUACCUCACGAUAACCCGACGGCGUGCUCCUGUAGACACGACAGCAAUCUAUGAGGCAUAAAGUAAUCCAGUUACACGAUUUAUCGUACCCGCCACUCCUUUUUGGUGAGAGAUAAACGUAUUGAGUACGGAUUAAAAAAAACAUUACUCAUUUGUAAAUAUUUUUCAUAAUUUAUGCACACUAUUUUAUGAACAGUUUACUUUAACACAAUUGCGUGCUAUCCAGUCAAUUACUAAUGAUUUUUGAGAUUAAUUUUAUUUAUUGUUACAAGAUGUAUUUCUUGUCGAUCCUUUUAGUAUUUGCAUAGCGACGUUUGUCUUUCGGCGAGUAAUUACUAAGUGAUGUUUGUGUGGCUGUCGUGUCGGCAUGGUUAACUACGAAGUGUACACAGUAUCCGUGAUAGUUCACUUUGUUAGCGCAGCGGCCGCUAGCGCGAAGUGCAGCCUUCGUUUUCAUUGGUAAAACCCGUCAUUAAGUCAUGCACAUCCGAUACACUCCCGUAAAUAACGUGAGUCGUGGGAGAUAUUAUAAUGCUGAAGUAUAUUUAUAAGAGUAUACAAUAUGGUGAGAAUAAAUCUCGAACAAAAGAGAGAAGUUAAAUGAUUAGAAAUUAGAGGCGGUGAAUUGUAUCGAUAGCGAUAGCUGCGCUUCUUCAUUGGCGUCAUCCACACCGAGCUUUUUCCAAUACGUGUUUACUAUAUAUUUGUGAAAAGAUAUUUGUACUUAGCGAAUAUUAAUGUAACGAACUUAAAGUCAAUGAAUUCUUGAAUAUUAAAAAGUAUUGAAAUGUCCAUUCCUAUUUGAUAAAGUUAAUGUAUGUGAACGAUAAUUGUAUAAGAAGUAUUACAUUUCUGUCGCUGUCGGAUUGUCCUAUCCUAUAUUUAAAAAUAUUGUAUCCGAACCACUAACCUUUCGCAUAGGUCUAUCGCUCGUAGGUCAAAUUCUUCACUAUUCAGCCUUAAUGCCCCUUGACACAUAUUUUCACUACCUAAUAUUUAGGCUCAGUGCCUGCUACCAACUUAAACUUACAUAUUAUAUGUAUUUUGCUAUCAGUAGUGACGAGAUCUCCUUGGCCACAAGAGAGGUUUGUGCUCAGUCAAGAGACUGCAUGUAUGCACACGAGCAUGCAGCGCAGAAGCCAACGUAAUGUAAACGUAACAGGAAGAUUAAUUUGCGACUCAUUACAAGAUGCAUCCUUAUAUUUCUUUUAUUUACUAAAUCAAUGCUUAAAAUGCAUGCUUUUGUUUCAUUUACUGAAUUAGAAUGUAAUAACGUCUAAUGAGUUUAGCUUAUUACUGGAUUUGGUUUUUCGGGGUACUGUUUUAGUAAUAAAUAACCGAAGUGGAAUGCGCGAUAAUCAGCGACAGAAACAGCUACGUGCGUGGCGCGGCGCUCUCAUCCAAGUUAGGUUAGCUCACUUCGUUGCAAUUUUCAUGAACGGACUAUCCCAUUCUUAUUACUAGCUGUCUAACAAGAUUUUACAUUUUCUAUUUAUUUAUAGCCAUUUUUAUAUUGUUGGUGUAUUCAAAGGUAUAAAUAAAAUCAAUAUUUGGUUGUUGGUUGAUAACUUUGGUCAAAUUGUUUCCACACUGCUGUGCCUUCUAGCUCUCUUUGUAAAUAGUUAUCAUUCAUUUUUCAUUCAUCAAUUUAUUGUUUCCUUACGACUGUUAACAAAUUCACUUUACUCAUGGUUUAUUAUUUUCUAUAGUAUUCUUUUUUAUCAAUCAGGUAUAUAUUACUAAUCAAGUUUCUAUUUGACAUCAUUUCUCGGCUUUUUAUUUUUUUUUACUAUUUUUAGGAUCCCGUGUUGAUAGUAGUCUUACCAACCAUUCGUAUUAGUAGCAUACCAGCAGAAUAUAUAAACUCAUCCCCUUGUGCGGGGUGAUAAUGCUAGCAUAAGAAAAAUAUAGUAGGUACUGUCUUUCGAUUCUUCUAUAAAGACAUGAGUGGUUGGCCAUAAUGUAGGUAUUACUCAUUUACUUAAACUAAAGGGUUGCAAUAUUUUAAAUACGUUGAAAAAUUUGUACGACUAUUUAUUAUUUGAGCGAAUCUUACGUUUUAAUCUUGCGUAUAUUUUUUUUAAAUAGGUGCAUAAACAGGUCAAAGUACAAAGUAAACGAACGCACAAAUUGCUAAGCAUAACAACGGAAAGAACUCACAUUACGGUUGAGAUGUUACCUGUAACCUCUAACCGAAAAACCUAGUCUUUGCUGAUGAGGACAAACGUUUUUAAACGUCUCAACCACAAACGUAUAAACAUUGCUUUUUCUAAAAUUAUGUGAUUUUAUAAUACUUACCGAAUUUAUAAUGAAUGAAUACAUAGUUCUAUGUAGUUGCCUAAGGCGCAAAUCAAACGAGGGUUAUUUUUAUGGUAAUUUUAAUCUUAGUAUUCUUGUGAUUUACUAUUCAAUAUCCCUGGGACAUGGAGUUGAACUAUAUGUUAUAAAAUUAUGAUAACAUGAAAAUAUUUAUUCGUUAGCUAUGUGUACAGUCGCGAAUCGCACCUAAUUCAUAACAUAAGACGGCGCUUCUAAAAACGUAACAGCAAUUCACCCAAAAAAGAUUAAGGAAACGUACUAGUUACGUCUAGAGCCCGUUUCUAGAAUAAUAAUAUCAUACAAAUUAAGAAUGCUUAUAUUGAGAAACGGCCACCGGGUCUUUUGUAAAGAAUCUGUGUAGAAUAUUUUAUUUAAUACAUUCCAAAUACUUUGAAAGUCUCCCAAUACUUUACUCUUUGCCUGUCACCUGUUCUGCAAGCAGUGCAAUAAAAUGUCUUUAGUAUGUAUGCAUUGAGUGCUCCUACCGGGCAUUCAUUCAUAAUUUUAUCAGAUUUUACUCUAGUUCUCUAUCAAGAUAUUCUAUAUCAUGAAGGUUAUGUUGAGGAAUCUCAUGUGGGUGUAUACCCCAUAAUAUCAUGAAUAUUAAUAAAUCCUACCAUUUAGGUUUACAUUUACUUUUGUACCGCCAGUUUUCAAGUGCGGUAAGUAUGUUGAGUACGGCCUACGAAAAUGUUGAUUUUGUCUUUAACUUCAACCGCUUUUUAUCACUUAGGUACACUUUUUAUAUACUUGUUUCUUUUAGAACGUGAUAACUAUGCUCAAUAUUUUCUUACGUCGACUAUACCUCGAGAUGCAAGUUCACAAACCAUGUUAUAGACGUUCCAUACAUAAUUAUGCUGGAGGAUGUUUUAUUCAACACUUCACCGAUGCAUGCAUCUUUUGUGUCAUUAAACCAUUACUUAGUUAGGUAUAAAUUCUUUUUAUUAGGAUUUUAUUUUGAAUGGAAUAACACAAAAAUGAAAUGACUGAAUUUAUAAAACUAGGGAAGAGGGAUCAAUGAUACUCAUUCGGACCUGAAAAUAGCUCGCAGACAGGGUCUCGUGUAACAUAUCACAGCAUUAUUUAUUCAUUGAUUUUAUUCUGAAUGCUGUAUUAAAUCCUGCGAUCAAAAUCGUAUGUACACGCGUAGAUACUCUCCAAUUUAGUUUCACACGCUCACUAGCGAUUUUACAUAUGAAUGAAUUAAUACAUAUCUCAUCAAUUGAGAAGUUACACUUCAAAUUCUCGGUCAAUUAGUGUCAUUACUCUGUUGUGUCAUUAUCGCGACCCAAGCUUAUGCGUCAGUGGUUAUAAUUGUAUUACAAAACUAUUAAGUAGUCAGUAUUAGUAACUAGCUAUAUGUACUUACUCGUUCCCACAUUACGACUUUUCUAUCUCGCUACUCACAGAGAUGUGUCGGUCAUCUUUAACUUAAUUACUUGCACCUUUACAGCACGGAUCUAUUAAGAGCGUAUUUGUACUUAAUUAUAGAAAUGUCUCAUUCUGUAGCAAUAUCUUAAUGGCGAACUUUGCUUUUCUUCUACAUGCUGCAAAAUAUGAAUGUGCCAUAUAUGUUGCCAUAAAUAACGUAAGCUACAAUCGAAAACCAAAAGGGCGAUUAAUAAGCACAUUUAUGAUUAAUUAAUAGAAAACAUGUAAGCGUGUCGAAAAUGCUACUCUGUAGACAUUAAACUGGUUAUGACCUGAAGAAGUUCCGCGAGUGACGCGAGUCGAUUGGUGCGUUAUAAACCUAUGUAGAGCGUCUUUAUUGUGUGAUAAAUAAAAAAUAAAGGUAGCUAUAGUCAUUAUAACAUUAUGUUAUGCCAGCUAUUUAUAUUUUUGCGUAAUUAUUUGAGUUGCAGUAGCUACCAGAAGAAUUUUCGCAUGGAUAGCUAACAAUAUUCUGCUAUUUGGCUGCACAAAACGGCCUACGAAAACUUUGAACAUUUCUGUACAGUACCCCUAGUGUAAAUAAAUUCGAUUUUGAAACGUGACGUACGCGUUUGCGUUUAGUCUCAUUUUGUAUGGGUUUUUGAACAGCGCGCCAAGCGGGACGUUUUGGAAAGUCAAAAAUCUCAUACAAAAUGACACUUAACGCAAACGCGUACGUCACGUUUCGCUGUCGAAAAUAUUUACAGUAGGGGUACUGGAUUCAACUGUACCUAGAAUAAAGUUGUUUAUGUCAUAAAAAUCAAAAGACCAUGGAGCUACUUUUGUAAUAACUGGCAUUAAUUAUCAAAUUAAGUAUUAAUUCAUCUUGCAAACAAGCGUGGAAAAGAAAAUUGCCGUGGAAAUCCGCUUUUUCAAUGUAAUUUAUUGAGUGUUAUUUGCUGUAAAACAUUUAAUUUUGUAAUUUUAGAACAGAGUAGUAUUUAUCGCAUUCUAUAAACAUACUUAGAUCUCCUUUUUUAAGUAGUUAACUAGUUUAAUAUACUACACCAAAGUGGUGUGGCGUCAAACAUAUCUGUCCAAUCCAGAGAUACUGGUUCACAUUUUCUUUACGAGACAACUUAUGUAAUUAUAAAAACGUGAAUAUAUAAUUGCAUGGACGCCUUGCCACAGUUAAGUUAUGAUAAUGUAAUACAUAUGUAAUAAAACGUUAACACAUGUAUAAGGGCCCGUUGUACCAAACCGCCUGUCAACAUCAUUGUAGUUCGUGAAAAAAUGCUUGUAUGAUAAGUUUAACAGUUCUGUAUUGGGUGACAGCAGCCGCCACCAUAUUUGGCGUAAAUCACUUUGUUGAUGUGCGUGGUGCAACUUGCCCUUAAACUAUCUAACUGUAUCAGAUGACAAUGUUAUUUAACAGGCAUCUAUUUACCACUUAAGGGGCUCCAUAAGGCAAUCAACUAAUUAUAGUUUUACAUCUAUUAUAUUAGGCCGCUAAGCUUUUAAUAAACUAUAUUAUUAUUUCUUUGUUAUACUCUCGAACCACUUAAUUUAGCUUUUGUGGUAGCAUUCUAUCCGAUACUAUUACAUUUGGCUGGACACAUUGUAAGUAUGCAUAAAAUACAAGUAUUUGGGCAAUUUUUUUUUAUAUGCGUACAAUCAAUAUGAACACACAAAAAGACCAAUCAAAUUCAACUCGCAAUGAUCCAAAGCGGCAUUCAAAAUGGAGCCCUUUAGUUGGUAAAUAUUUUAAAUAAUCAACAUAAAUAACGAAAAAUUUUGUUCUGAAUUAUUGUAUCAAUUAUUCACAGUUCAUAAUCCAUGCUAUAAUUUGACCAGCCACUAUUGUAUACAUUAUGUCUUGACGAUUGCGAUUCUAUCCAAAGAGUUACUAUUCUAAUAAAAUAAAAUAUAUGUAAGUCUGAGCCAAUGUUUACAGCCUACUCAUUCUUUACAGAAACAAUGAUCUGUCGUUUAGCAGUGUAAUGUAGAGCAUAUCCGGUGUCAUAUAGUGUUAUAGAUAGGCACGUAAACUAGAUGAAGUAACCACUGUGUCCCCAUGAAGUCUCUGUUGUAUUUCUAAGAAUAAAUAUUUUUAUUGAUUCACAUUUUGCCUAUUCAUGUAUAAUAUACAAAAUACAAAAAUAGUUCUUAAA